AUGGCCCCGCAGGGAGGCACCCCGCCACUGGUGCUGCUGUUUAGCGGGAAGAGAAAAUCCGGGAAGGACUUCGUGACCGACGCGCUGCAGAGCAGACUUGGAGCUGACAUCUGUGCUAUUCUCCGGCUCUCUGGUCCACUCAAGGAGCAGUAUGCUCAGGAGCACGGCUUGGACUUCCAGAAACUUCUGGACGCCAGCACCUACAAGGAGGCUUAUCGGAGGGACAUGAUCCGCUGGGGGGAGGAGAAGCGUCGGGCCGACCCGGGCUUUUUCUGCAGGAAGAUCGUAGAAGGCGUCUCCCAGUCCAUCUGGCUGGUGAGUGACACACGGAGGGUGUCUGACAUCCAGUGGUUUCGGGAGGCCUAUGGGGCUGCGAUGCAGACGGUCCGCGUGUUCGCCUCCGAGCAGAGCCGGCAGCAGCGGGGCUGGGUGUUCACGCCAGGGAUGGAUGACGCUGAGUCAGAAUGCGGCCUGGACGACUUUGGGGACUUUGACUGGGUCAUCGAGAACCACGGAGAUGAGCAGCACCUGGAGGAGCAGUUGGCCAACCUGCUGAAAUUUGUCCACUCAAGACUUUAGUUGUCAGGCUCUCGAAGUGAGCUGGGCGUGCUGGGCUGGGCAUGGGGUUGGCUCUGCAGGA